GCAUACAGUUUCAUGAGUGUUUACGUGUGCAUGCAAGCAAGUUCGUUUUCAAUCCCGUCUUGUCUCUCUCUCACACUCUAUCUCUGUUUCCAGGACUCGAGCUCCACCGUCGUUUGUUCGCUGAAUCAAUCCUUAUCAGUAAUUCUUUGUCUCCGAGACGUUCAACUGAUGCGGAAUCGUCCAUAUGUUUUACCAGCGUGAAUCUCUCAGAUUUAAUUUCUUCGGAAUCGGAACAGCUCAAUAGGAGGGUUUUGUUUUUUUUUGCUGAGACUAAACUUAUUGUGGAGGCAAUGUACAUUUGCCGGUGUGGCAACCGCCCUUCGCCUUUAGUCGGGCGGAAGCCAUUCAUGAGCACGGUAUACUAGCAUCGUACAAUUGGUGUGUGGAGUGUUCGAAAAAUUUUAUACUAAACAGCGAUCAACCAAAGCAAGAAGAGACGGGUUAUUGUUCUUCAACCCCGAUGACAGUGUGUUGAAGCACUAUACAGCACAAUCAACCAUGGAGCUGAGUAAUACUACCGGGAUUCUGCUGCAAACGAUACUGUUUAUGGCGAACCAUGAGUAUAACAACUCGCUGAUAAACCUGAUCCACAAUAAAACGCUUAGCGCGGAUAGUAAUUUGACAACCGGUGAAUUCUCGCUGGCUGAGGAUGUGCGCUGUUACGGUGUGUAUGGUUGCUUCCCGAUCACCUAUCCAUGGAUCGACGAGAAGCGUCCGGUCGCUUACCAUCCACAGUCACCUUCAACGGUUGACGUACGAUAUCCUGUGUUUGUCAAGUCGAACACCGAUCAUCCGAAGUUUAUUGAUAUCAACAAUCCGGCAAGUGUGCGUCAUCUCGGCAUCAAUCCAAAGGGACGCAUCUACUUCAUUACCCACGGCUAUAUUGAAGCCGGUGAUCGACCCUGGAUUCAGCAGAUGGUGAAUGCACUGAUCGAUAAUGAUCCGGACCAUACGGCAAGCUGCGUUGUGAUCGAUUGGCGGAAGGCAUCGAAUCCUCCUUAUACGCAAACCUGCGCCAACAUUCGGCUGAUCGGUGCAAUAACUGCACAUGUGAUCUACUUGCUUUAUGAGGAGCUAAACUUGAAGAACUUGGACAAGGUGCAUCUGCUAGGACAUUCGCUUGGUUCCCAUUUGUGCGGUUACGCCGGGUACCAUCUGCAGAAGGAUUUCGGUCUAAAGCUGGGCCGUAUUACCGGGCUUGAUCCGGCCGAACCACUGUUCUCCGAUACGGAUCCGCUAGUGCGGCUGGACCGUAGCGAUGCAAAGUUUGUGGACAUUAUCCAUUCCGAUGGUUCCGAGUGGGUUAGCAAGGGAGGUCUCGGGAUGUAUCAACCGAUCGGGCACGUAGACUUCUAUCCGAACGGUGGCUACAAUCAGCCGGGAUGUAGCGAUCCGAUGAACAAGUUCAUCCGCAAGCAUGAUGAGUCCUUUUUCUGGGGCUUCCAGGAAUUCUUCGGCUGUAACCAUCUGCGGUGUCAUCAGUUUCUCACGGACAGCAUACUCCACAGCUGUCCGUUCAUUGGUAUCGGGUGUGAAUCGUACGCACAGUUUCUGCGGGGGGAAUGUUUCGAGUGCGAUCGGGACGGUCACUACUGCGUGGAAUUUGGUCUGAAGGCACAGGAAAGCUACAACAGGCUGAUUGAGAAUGGUAUCAUCACGAAUCCGAAUGCGCCGCUGAGCGUUUACAUGAUCACCGGUGCAGAUCCUCCAUAUUGCCGGUCUCACUUCCGCCUUACGAUGAGUGUUUCCGACGAGGAGGAAAGCCUUAUACACGGUGGCGAAAUAGGCAAGAUGUCGAUCGAGCUACACGGUGAGGGUGGCGUACGGUCCGGCAAGAUGGACUUCUCCAAGGAUCCGGUAUACUUCGAGCCGGGCGGUAAUUAUUCGGCCAUCCUUGCCGGGACGCACGUUGGCAAACCGCUCAAGGUGUUGCUCACCUGGGAAUAUCGCACCAAUCCGUUAAAUCCACUAACGUGGCGUUUGCUGGUAGUGCCGCGCGUCUACGUACAGCGUAUCCGUGUACAGCUGAUGGAAAUGCGCUCCAGCAUAGAGGUAUGUCCGCUCAACAGUGCACCGGUGCGUGCUGAUCAGGAGAACGAAUUUAAAAGUGAAUAUUGUACGUAACAAAACUGUUAUUUCAAACAAAGCUUAAGUCAUUUAAUUUAACAAGGCUUAAGUAAUUUAAUUUAAGUAAACUUUUUUUUAUUGUUUUAUGUUUUACUAAAAUAAAAAGAAAGG